AUGAAGCGUACCCCAAAUCCCCGGAGAGUCCAUGUGUCGUCAUCGAAUUUCCGACAGCUAGUCAGGCAUACGGCCUGCUACGUCCGGGUGCCGUACGCGGGUCAUCACAACCAAGACGAUGCCAGUAGAUCAGUAGUACGACUUGGAAGAUUUGGGCGGCUGGAUUCCGCCAGCUUCACCCUACAACACGAAGUCGUGGCGGCUGAGACACUGCGUCACCAGCGUCUGCACCAGAGGAUGGAUGCACAGGGUGAAAAUACUGUACACGACUGUGGAGCGCUGCGUAAUUCUCACGAAACGUGGACGCACAGACAACGUUCACCCAGGGCAGAUGUGAGUUGA